GUCUCAGUAUAUAAUGGCGGGAUGAACCCUGCACCACGAGUGCUUCACCGCACCGCGAGGCCCAUCUCUGUGAAUGAGUUUGUCGACGCGCUUCAGGCGACAUGUCCUCCACGGUUUCCUGGGGCUCGUGGCUCCCAGCCGCGGCCUGUGGCUCUGGCCGUCAGCGGUGGCGUGGACUCAAUGGCCCUAACCUACCUCUCCUGGCGUGCCCACCGUGAACACAUGCGCAUGAGAGUUGCCGAUAACCCUGUGGAUGCCUUCUACGGCCUGACUGUCGACCACCGGCUCCGAGAGGGCAGUGAAAGGGAGGCUCGCGCCGUGACGCAGUUCCUUCAAGAGCGGUUCGGCAUGCGCACCUGGCAGCUGGGCGUCCACUGGCGCGAAGCCCUCGAGGCAGCCGGCGUCUCGCACCCCAAGGACCUUCCCAACUUCGAGACCAUCGCCCGCCGACUGCGGUACCGUUGUAUGGCCCUCCUAUGCGCCCAGGGCCACAUCGCCAGCAUGUUUCUUGCGCACCACCAGGACGACCAGUACGAGACUGUGCUCAUGCGUCUCAUGUCGGGCCACGGCAGGGCGGGGCUUUUGGGCAUGCGUACUGCCACGGAUAUUCCCGAGUGCCAGGACAUGCACGGCGCAUACCAGAGCGGCUUCGUCGACGACCAGCUGUCCACCAAGCCCAUGAUCAACUACCGCCCUACCAAGGAGGAACUCAAGAGCAUCCGCGCCCAGAUCAUGGCCGAUCUAGACCGUGAUCUGGCUGUCAGAGAGGUCCUCGAGCCGACCAAGGCUGGCGCCUUUGCCGAUGACAAGUUCGAUGCGUAUAUGCCUCGAACAAAUUGGACCCGCCGCGCCGCCCCGCUUGACGUGGAGGACGGUGGCAUCAUGAUCUACCGGCCGUUGUUGGAGUUCACCAAGGACAGGCUGGUUGCCACGUGCGAGGCGAACGGGGUCCCGUGGUUCGAGGAUGCUACGAAUAGGGAUCGGACACUUACCCUGAGAAACGCCGUGAGGCAUCUGUGGAUGAACUACACGUUGCCUGCUGCGCUGCAGAAGCCUGCCGUGCUCGAGAUGUCGAACCGGCUCAGGAAGCAGGCGGCAUCCGACGAGGCUGAGGUGGACAGGCUUCUCAGGCGCACCGUCUUGAAGGAAUUCGAGUCCACGGCGGGGACUGUGGUGGUGCAGCUGCCCUCAUUCCGGCCACCGCGCCUGCGGAGGGACCAGGACUACAAGGUGCGGCGCCAGAAGCGCCUCGAGCAUUAUCGCCGAAUUGCCAUCCUCCUGGUAAAAAGGCUCAUCGCCAUGGUAACACCCGAGCCUCUGGGAUCAUUCUCGAGCAGUCUGCCAAACACAGUCGCUCGACUCUUCCCCUCGCUUAAUGACAACCCAUCCGCAUAUCCCCAACAGCCAAAGGCCUUCAACAUCUCCGGCGUGCACUUUACGCCCGUCAAGUCUUCAUCUAGAUCGGUCAAACGCCCCGGCGCGCCCCUGCAGUGGUUCCUUGCCCGCCAGCCCUAUGUGUCUGGCCAGGCGGUCCCGCAGAUCAACUACGGCUGUCUUCGACUUCGCCAUCGCUGGCGCAGGCUGCCCGACCAGUGGCGCUGGCCUGCGCAGCACAGGAGCUGGAAGCUCUGGGAUGGACGGUUCUGGGUGACCAUUAGCAACCGCAGCCCUGUGCACGUUGCCGUGGCGCCGUUCGACAUCAGGCACGCCAAGGCCUUCCGCGACUCGCUGCCCGACAACCGGAGCCGCGAUGAGCUGAUGGCUGUUCUCAAGAUCCAUGCACCAGGCAAGGUGCGGUACACUCUUCCCGCCAUCUACACAGCAGGGGACUUUGCCGAGGCUGUGGGGCGGGAUGACAACAGGGUGCUGGUCGCGCUUCCUACGCUGGGGAUCGCACAGCCGGGCCUACAUAAAUGGAUCCGGUAUGAUAUCAGGUACAGACGAGUGGAC